AUGUCCCACAAGGGAGGAAGCGCUUUCAAGCCCAUCGCUCGUGAGCUGAUCUUUGAUAUCGAUAUGGACGACUACUCCUCCGUUCGCUACUGCUGCGAAGGCGCCAACAUCUGUCCGAAGUGCUGGAAGUUCAUGACGAACGCGGCGAUGGUUCUCAAGAGCAUUCUCACCAAGGAAUUCGGCUUCAAACACAUUCUGUUCGUCUAUUCCGGACGUCGUGGAAUCCACAUCUGGGUCUGCGACCGCCGAGCCCGCUCGCUGACAGACUAUCAGCGUAGCAACAUCGUCAACUACGUGACGUUCACGCCUUCGACGACCGUUCUGCGGUAUUCUCUCUGGUGGUUUGCUUGCGCAUGGAAUGAUUCGUAG